AUGCCACUUACACAAGAACAAAAACAAAUUCUUAAAACAACAGCACCUAUUUUUAAAGAAAAUGGAAAAGAAAUUACAUCAAUUAUUUAUAAACAUAUGUUUGCAGCUCAUCCAGAAUUGUUAAAUAUAUUCAAUCGAACGAAUCAAAAAAAUGGUACACAACCAUUUGCAUUGGCAAAUACAAUUUAUCUUGCUAUUGAAAAUAUUGAUCAUUUAGAUGUACUCUUACCUCAAUUUUUACUUAUCGCUCAUAAACAUCGUGCUUCUAUGGUAUUACCAGAACAUUAUCCCAUUCUUUGCAAAUAUUUACUUGUAGCAAUCGAUGAAUUCUUAGGUGGUAUGGGAGAUCCUAGCAUUUUAGGUGCAUGGUCAGCUGCCUACAAUAUGAUUGCAACUAUUUUUAUCAAUAUAGAAAAACAAUUAUACAAUGAACUUGGUGAUAAAAGUGAACAAGGAUUUAUUCCAUUUAUAAUUACUAAAAAAGAAAUACUUUCAUGUGGACCAAUUGUUGCUUUUACAAUGGAACGUCGUGAUGGUGGAAAAGUACAUGAUUAUCAUACAGGACAAUAUAUAACACUUCGUGUUAAAAAAGAUGGUCUUUAUCAUAUUCGACAUUAUAGUUUGAUUGAACCAUUUAAUGGUAAAACAUAUCGUAUUGCAAUUAAACAAGACAAAGAUAAUGAACCAAAAGGAAUUGUUUCUACUGAACUUAUUGAAAAAUAUAAAGAAGGUGAUACUUUAGCAUUAAGUUUACCAGCUGGUACCUAUGGUUUAGUUACAGAUGCUAAACAUCAUUUAUUUAUUGCUGGUGGUGGUGGUAUAACGGUUCUUUCAUCGAUGAUAUUAGAUUUAUAUAAACAAGGUAAAUCAGAUCUUAUAACAUUGAUUCAUUGUGUACCAACAGAAGAUCAUGCUACUUUUGCUGAUCAAAUGCGUAAAAUUUUACCGAAAAAUCAUUAUCAUAUAGUUCUUCAUGGUAAACGUCUCUUACAAGAAGUUAUGGCAAAAACAAUAACGUCUAAGACACAUGUUUAUCUAUGUGGUUCUGCUGCGUUUAUGAAUAAGGUUGAGGAUUAUUUGGGUCAAUUUGGACAUCCAUCUUCUCAAAUUCAUAUAGAAGCUUUUCAACCGUCACUUAGUUUGAUAAAAGACGCUGUCAAGAAUCAAUCGGCUACGAAGUCAUUAUAA